UUUUUUAUAAUUUUUUAAACGAAAUCGAUUUAUAAAUUUUCAAAAGAAAUUGAAAUUUUGAUACAUUUUUAAUAAUUUUGCAUUAUAUGUAUAAUUAACAAAAUUUACAAUAAAGAAUGGUAACAACUCGGUUUGCUUCAAGAAAGUUACUUUCAAUAAAUAAACAAUUAAAUUCCCCAAACCAACAAUUUAUCAAAUGGGAAAAGGUUCUCUACAAACACCAACCAUUUCCAGAUAAUUACACAGAUGACGCGUUAUUUCUUGAUCAGUUACGUAAAAAUGUUAAUGUUGUCAAGUAUUCAAUUGUUGAAUCGAUACGUGGUGGUGCAAUAGUUAUGUCACAAGUUGAUUUGCACUCGAAUUUUUCAGUUAUUUUCGAAUUUUGUCGAUUAGAAUUUUGUGGCAGUAAAACAAUUUUGUUAAUUAAUUUAAUCAUUUGUCUCAUUCUUUUGUCCUUCGUAACCUUCUAUAAAUGUUUUUACAUUAAUUUAAAAAAUCAUUGGCAAACAUUAUUUACAAUUUUUACUUUUGGUUAUGCAUUUACUCCCGUAAUAAGAACUUUAACCACAACAAUCAGCACUGACACUAUUUGGGCUAGUGCAAUUAUUCUUUUCUUUGUUAGCCUUUUUGUACACGAUUAUGGAAUGGAAUUUGCACCAAUGCGAGUUUUUAAUUAAAAAAUUCAACAAAAAAGUUUUCAGUGUUUCAACUGCUUUGUCUGUUAAUAUUUGUUUGUCAGCAUCUGUUUUCUUAAUUUCUCGAGUUAACUGCGAUCUACUUGCUUUUCUUUUAUUGGGACUAUCUCUUUUACUGUUUUGUUUUUGGCCACAACUUAGAAAUGUUUUACUUUCACAAUCACCCAACACUAUUUUUAUUUUAUUGCCAAUAUUGACAGUUAUUUCUAUAGGAGUUUUGUUUGUAU